UCCAGUUACAACACAGGGAUCACAGCAAACACAGCCGCCACAGAAGCACUAUGGCAUUACUUCUCCCAUCAGCUUAGCAGCCCCCAAGGAGACUGACUGCCUGCUCACACAGAAGCUGGUGGAGACUCUGAAGCCCUUCGGGGUUUUUGAAGAGGAAGAGGAACUGCAGCGCAGGAUUUUAAUUUUGGGAAAAUUAAAUAACCUGGUAAAAGAGUGGAUACGAGAAAUCAGUGAAAGCAAGAAUCUUCCACAAUCUGUAAUUGAAAAUGUUGGUGGGAAAAUUUUUACAUUUGGAUCUUAUAGAUUAGGAGUACAUACAAAAGGUGCUGAUAUUGAUGCAUUGUGUGUUGCACCAAGACAUGUUGAUCGAAGUGAUUUUUUCACCUCAUUCUAUGAUAAGUUGAAAUUACAGGAAGAAGUAAAAGAUUUAAGAGCUGUUGAAGAGGCAUUUGUACCAGUUAUCAAACUGUGUUUUGAUGGGAUAGAGAUUGAUAUUUUGUUUGCAAGAUUAGCACUGCAGACUAUUCCAGAAGACUUGGACUUAAGAGAUGACAGUCUGCUUAAAAAUUUAGAUAUAAGAUGUAUAAGAAGUCUUAACGGUUGCAGGGUAACCGAUGAAAUUUUACAUCUAGUACCAAACAUUGACAACUUCAGGUUAACCCUGAGAGCUAUCAAACUGUGGGCCAAACGCCACAACAUCUAUUCCAAUAUAUUAGGUUUCCUCGGUGGUGUUUCCUGGGCUAUGCUAGUAGCAAGAACUUGCCAGCUUUAUCCAAAUGCAAUAGCAUCAACUCUUGUACAUAAAUUUUUCUUGGUAUUUUCUAAAUGGGAAUGGCCAAAUCCAGUCCUAUUGAAACAGCCUGAAGAAUGCAAUCUUAAUUUGCCUGUAUGGGACCCAAGGGUAAACCCCAGUGAUAGGUACCAUCUUAUGCCUAUAAUUACACCAGCAUACCCACAGCAGAACUCCACGUACAAUGUGUCCGUUUCAACACGGAUGGUCAUGGUUGAGGAGUUUAAACAAGGUCUUGCUAUCACAGAUGAAAUUUUGCUGAGUAAGGCAGAGUGGUCCAAACUUUUUGAAGCUCCAAACUUCUUUCAGAAGUACAAGCAUUAUAUUGUACUUCUAGCAAGUGCACCAACUGAAAAACAACGCCUAGAAUGGGUGGGCUUGGUGGAAUCAAAAAUCCGAAUCCUGGUUGGAAGUUUGGAGAAGAAUGAGUUUAUUACACUGGCUCAUGUGAAUCCCCAGUCAUUUCCAGCACCCAAAGAAAAUCCCGACAAGGAAGAAUUUCGCACGAUGUGGGUGAUUGGGUUAGUGUUUAAAAAAACAGAAAACUCUGAAAAUCUCAGUGUUGAUCUCACCUAUGAUAUUCAGUCUUUCACAGAUACAGUUUAUAGGCAAGCAAUAAACAGCAAGAUGUUUGAGGUGGACAUGAAAAUUGCUGCAAUGCAUGUAAAAAGAAAGCAACUCCAUCAACUACUACCUAGUCAUGUGCUUCAGAAAAAGAAAAAGCAUUCAACAGAAGGCGUCAAGUUGACACCUCUGAAUGACAGCAGCCUCGACUUGUCUAUGGACAGUGACAACAGCAUGUCUGUGCCUUCACCUACUAGUGCUAUGAAGACCAGUCCGUUGAACAGUUCUGGCAGCUCUCAGGGCAGAAACAGUCCUGCUCCAGCUGUAACAGCAGCAUCUGUGACCAACAUACAGGCUACUGAAGUUUCUCUGCCACAAGUAAAUUCCAGUGAAAGCUCAGGGGGUACAUCGAGUGAAAGCAUUCCUCAAACUGCCACACAACCAGCCAUUUCAUCACCACCAAAGCCUACGGUCUCCAGAGUUGUUUCCUCAACACGUCUGGUAAACCCACCACCAAGACCUUCAGGAAAUGCAGCAGCAAAGAUACCUAAUCCUAUAGUAGGAGUCAAGAGGACAUCCUCACCUCAUAAAGAAGAGAGCCCCAAGAAAACCAAAACAGAAGAGGAUGAAACAAGUGAAGAUGCUAACUGUCUUGCUUUGAGUGGACAUGAUAAAACAGAAACAAAGGAACAACUUGAUACAGAGACAAGUACAACUCAAUCAGAAACCAUUCAGACAGCGACUUCUCUGUUGGCCUCUCAGAAAACAUCCAGUACAGACCUUUCUGAUAUCCCUGCUCUCCCUGCAAACCCUAUUCCUGUUAUCAAGAAUUCAAUAAAACUGAGAUUGAAUCGGUAA